AUUGACAUUUAAAAUUGCACGUGCGUAUUUUUCAUAUGAAUACCAUAAAUAAAAAAGUAUUUUUUAGCAAAAUAACAAAAAACCCUGUAAAAAUAAACAAGUGCUGCGUUUAAAAUUUUAAUUAAUUUAGGACUAUUAGCAAUGUCUCGUGUAACUAGACAAAAACAUUACAUGUAUGAAAUGAUGAACGACGACUAUGAGCUACCAAAAGAAAAUCAACAAAUUGUAAGAAUUGUAUGUAGUAAGGGAAAUAAUUUACACGAAGCUGAACCAGCACAUGAUGCAGAAAAUUUCUUAAUAUCCAUGCCAAAUAAAUUUCGUAACAACAUUUGGAUAAAACGCGGUGAUUUUGUGGUAAUUGAGCCAAUUCAAGAAGGUGACAAAGUAAAGGGUGAAAUAGUCAAAAUAUUAACUGCAACCCAUAUUAAAGAAUAUUCAAAAAGUGGAAUUUGGCCAAAAAAAUUUACUAAAAAGCGCGAGCAUUCCGAAGAAAAUUAUUCAGAUGGGAGCGAUGACGAAAGAUUUGUUGUUAAAAAUAAAAAUAGACCACCAAUCGAUGAAGGGUCAGAUUCGUCAUCAUGUGAUAAUGCAUAAUACAAAUUUUUUUUCAUAGCAUAAGUUUCCAAUCUUUCCAGAGUCCAAAAAAUUUAUUUUAGAUCUACUUACGUAUAUCACUUUGGUUACAUGCCAUAGA